UGUGUUUAAGUUCAUUAUAUGUCAGGUCAACAUGCUCAGGGAGAGGAAUAAGAACUAUGGUACGAUCAAAUUUGUUGAUAUAAGUUCUAAUGAAUACUCUCCAGAGGAAAAUCAAGGCCUAGACUACAAAUCUGUAAUGGGAAGGAUUCAUGCCAUCCUCUCUGAUGGAACUGUAGUCACUAAUGUUGAAGCAUUUAGAAGACUAUAUGAACAUGUUGGUCUUGGUUGGGUUUAUGCCAUUACCAAAUAUGAACCUAUUGCAACAAUAACUGAUGCUAUAUAUGGUGUUUGGGCUAAAUAUCGUCUUCAAAUCACAGGCCGGCCACCUUUAGAAGACAUUUUGGAAUUACGAAAAAAAAACAAGGAUGAAGUAUGUAAUGACAAAAAUUCAUGUAAGAAGUGAACUUGCUUGAUAAUUGCAAGAAGUCAGAGCUUUCCAGGUUUGCUCUUCAUCUGCUUACAUAUAUGAUCUUAAAAAAGAGCUGUAUGUGAGCUCAUAGCCAGAACUUGUAACAAGAAAAAGAGGUGUGGCAAUUCAUAUGCAUUUUUCAAUUAAUUUUAGUCAUAAAAUAGAAUAGUGAUUUGAUGCUUU